CAUUAAAAGCCGCGCCCUAUCCGCGGAGACAACACGCUGCAGCCAGUCUACCAUACUAUCGUAUUUUGUCUUUACCAAAGUACUGCAGCACGCUUCGUUCCCCGUGUGCCACCUGUAAAGGCCACAGAAAAAUGAAAUUCCUGCAAAUCUUAACGGUAACCUUUUUGUUGAGCGAGUGCAGCUUGUCCUUGACGAUUGACGCCAGUUCCACCGUCGGCUCUUCGCCUGUCAAGGACAAGACACCUGGUCCCAAAGCCAUACGACACUCGGUCAUCGUGAAUCGGACCCACCCGGAAGAGCAGCACGCUGUAAUGCAACUGCUACUGGAUCGCUGGAAGACCGUUCUUUCUGAGAAAUUUGGCCUCACAGCCACCGGAAUGUAUUUGCUUAAUGAAGAAGCGAAAUCUACGACCACGACGGACCAGCGGAUCAUCACGUACGAGGUUGACUUCACCAUGGAUGACACGGCUGCAUCGCCUAUCGCCAAGGCUCACGUGAUUGAAGCCCUGAACAAGUCCCUGAAGGAGCAGCCUCUCGCCGGUGUGACCCUGCGCGCCACACCCCAGCCCCGUAAAAUCUUGAUUGAUUGCUUGUUGGACUGCGAUUAGCUGCCACAUUCGUGAACAUCGUCACAUACCGUUGAAAGCAGAAGAGCAUUGAAUUUUGCAGAGAUGUACGGCACAAACAUGCGCAAUGCGCAUGCAUCCUUCUCCAAGUAGAAAGAUACAUAUCUGCGAUCCCUUAUUUACGUUAGCUGUCUCACAAAUUAAUUACUUAAUAUGCAGUGCUACCAUUAAUGUCUUUCAUUCGCUAUCAAGCUUUUUGAAGUUUCUCAAGUGGCUAGA